UUUAUUUCCCUCCCUAAUGUCCAGCUCUGAUCACAGCUGGAAACCUCUUAUUACAAGCUUUCUUUGGGGAGAGCCAGCCCUGUGGCCAGACGGGCAGGGCUCUGCAGCCCCGCGGUGUCCUCUGGAUCCCUUUACCAUCUACAGGCAGGGGUCAGACGGUUCCCGUGUCCCUGGGCUGCUGAUGCUCCGUCCUGCUGGCUCCUUCGGUGGCCAGGGUGCCUCUGCCUGCCGGUCACCGCUGACUCAGGGUUGCACGCUGGGGCUGGGCGUGUGAGCCUGGAUGUCCUCCCAGUAUCUUUGUGAGGAUUGGCCGGGAAUCACAGCCAGGCUGCACCUAGAGGGCUGCCAGCAGGCGCUGCGCUCUGACCAGCAGCCAGCUCCAGUGAGGAAGGGGACUGGAGAUGCUGAGGAGGAAAGCUGCUCUAAAACUGCUCCAUAGUCUGAUCUGCAUGGUGGGGUGGAGUGAUGUCCUGAUGUCACUUGUGGGCUCCACUUCCAGGCAGAGGGCCCUGAGAGGGGCUGGGCUAUCUGCUGAGCCCCAAACCACUGCAGACUCCUGGUCUUUAAGACUGUCAUGUUACAGACUGGGGGAAUUUGGGAUGAGUAGCUUCAGGGCAUUUCUGGGGGUGUCCUGGCUUUGAUUCCUAGCCUGAUCUUGGGGUGCCUGUGUUCUGGGGUUGCACAGGGCUCCUGGCUGUGCCAGCGGUGGCCAGUGGUGCCUGCUUUGUAUUAUUGGAGCAAGUCUCUGAAGAGCCCCAGGGACCAGGGGUUUGGGCAUGUGGCUUUGGUGCUGUUGUAUUUUAGAAAUACUAUUUUGUGAAAAUGCCUGCUAUCUCUCUGCUGCAGUUUACUGCUAGCUAGAAGAUGAUUUCAAAGUAUUAGCAGGUUCUCCCUAGGGACAAGGUACAUUUUGUUCUGUAUGGGCACAAGCUCACACAAGCUGUGGUACCUAUGUGAGACACAGGUGAACUGCAUCACAUGUGCAUCCCUCAAGGUUCAGCUGUUUUCUUACGGUGCUAGGUCUGCUCCAAGGGCAGGAAGAUGGAUCACAGUGUGCUCCCGGCUAUCUUUGGGAGGGAGGUUUACUCUCCCAGGGCUCUGUCCUUGGUGCCCUUAUCAUCCCAGCCUCCAUUAUCUGUCUGCCUAAGCCCAUCUACAAACAGGAAUUCACAAUCUGUCUCGUGCCGGUGACAAACCUGCACUGCUGCUCUGCUCUGUAGGUCCUGUGGCUCUUCUCAACUGGGAGUUGCAGCCCCUGCCCUCGCCCAGCAUCUGGCUUUUCCUGGCCAUCCUGCAGCAUGACUGUGUGGCAUGGCACCCUGGAAUGCAAUGCAAGUACUUUUUUGAAGUUAGUCAGAAUUACCCAAGCAUUCCUGGAGGUGGCUAGGGGACUGGAAAGGAUGUGGGGUUGGGAAUUUGAAGGAAGAAGAGUAACAAAGCUGUUUUAGUCCUGGAUUGCAAGCACAGACCAUGUCCUCUUGUAGCCUGUAGCAGAGUUAUUUGGGGUAGGGCUCCAGCAGUAGCAGCUGGCUGCACCCCUCUUGCUGACUCCUGCACUUUUGUUAUGAAUUUCGUAAUGGUUUUGGGCUUAUCUGAAGCACCAACAGCCAGAAUUGGAGGAGCGCGUGACAGUCCAUGAGGUGGCGGGAACUAGCCUGUCCCCUCCCUGUUCUGCAUGUGUGGUGUUGGGUAGAUCCUGGUGUUUUAUCCAUUCAUCUUUCUCAGUCAUGCAGCUGCAGAGUGAAUCAGGCAGAAAUUUUCAGUGUGGAGGCAUCCUGAGUAAUUGGAAGGGUCUUGGGCUGAAACCAGCACAGGGGUUUGUGCAGUAGACUCUCCUGAAAGCAAGGGGGAAGAUCCCCUGUGCCACCUUCUGACCUGCAGCUGCGUCCCCUGCAUGUUCAGGGUGCUGGGGGUGCCCAGACACUGUUUGCAGCACAAGUUGUUGGUAGCCCAUGUCUGCUGCAAGGAAAUCAGUGCUGGUCAUGGGGCUGUGCAAAGUGUUUACCUGGCUCCCCAUGCUCCUCGGCAGUGCUUUUCCCUCGAGGAGGAUGACCUGAACUUAACAUCGUUGGAUGCAGAAACCAUCUUAGAAGCUGAAGAGAUCCUGGGGACAAUGCAGAACUAUCUCGACUCCUCUGUGAUCUCCAUCAUUGAGGAUUUUUCUCUGAGCGAGCAGAGCAAGGCCUGCCUGGAUGCACAGAACGAGCUGUCCCUGCUGACUGCCAUCACAGAGAUCUUGGACAGCACAGAUGAUGAGACCCUGUCCCCCUUUGACACCAUCAUGGAUGCAGAGCUGCUAACCUCACCUCGUGAGCGGGAGAAUCCCUCGUUUCAGAAGUUUCUCACCUUAUCUCGCCCAUUGCUGGAGUGUGAGAGCCCUACCCUGGAACAGCCUAAGGCUCUCAGGCCUCUCAGCAGCAGCAGCAGCAGCAGCGUCUCUGUGGUUGGGAAGAUUGACACAGAUGUGACCUGGGACCGUGCUGCUCAUGGCCUCGAGGACCCAAUGCUGCCAAAGAAGCAAGUCUGCAGCACCCCAAGGGUGGAGCGGAAGGCGGGCUGGCACCGAGUCCGAGAGCAGCCCCUGCCACAGCGCAGUGAUGGGGAGGAAGAAGAGGAGGAGGCUGCCUUGGGCCUGGAGCUAGACAGCAGCAUGGGGGCUGUGGAUUUCUGUGUGAGUGAGGCUGGGGCAGUGCUGGAGGAGCAUGAAGACCCCUGCAUCAUCAAUACAGGUGAUGUAUCCCUGAGUGAGCUGGUGAAGUCCAUGCACCCCUACUGCCUGCCCACCUUUACUGUGUGCCUGGACCCUGACACUGAGCCUGUGGCCAAAGAACUUCUGAGCAGUCCUGUCUUGCUGGAAAUUGUGCCUCGAGAGGGAGAGAGUGUGGAGAUCCCUGUGGUCCUGCAGCCCUUGACUCCCAGCUCCUCUGACCUGGAGCCCCAGCUCCUGGGAGUAGAGGAGAGUACCAGGGAGUCAGUCCCAGAAGAUCGAGGGGAGCUGCCAGGAGCUCCAAAACAGAAAAAUGGGGUGGAAGAGGAGGAGAAAAAACUGCCUGGGAAAGAGCCUUCAUGCACUGUCCCAGAGGCUACCUCCCCACUGGAGACAGUGGCAUCUGGAGCCUCAGGUCCCAAUGGCAGUUCCUGGCACAGUACAGAGGCCCCUGCAGAUGGAAAACGUCAAGGCUCUGAGAAGGGACGGGGCCGUGAGAGAGCAAGGAAGAGUCGGAAAAAGAAAACAGAGGAGGGCCAAAGCAAGCAGGCCAGGCCUGGCAGGGACUGUGUAGCCCACCGGCUCCGUUCCACUGGCUCUGGACCGCCCCAUGUCCAGCCAGCCAUCAGCCGGCAGCGGGCAGAGUGUCCCUCUGUUCAGGUCUCAGACUUCUUAGCUCAACAGCUGGAACGAGCCCGGAAGGAGGGGCAGAUGGAGCUGCAUGCUGAGCGGGCACCAUGCCCCCGGGGCAGGCCUCGGAGCACAGCAGGGGCCUUCCUGCCCAAGAAAGUGAAGCAGGAGCUGCAGAAGGAGCCAGCACCAGAAACAGUCAGUGUGGCCCUGGAGAAGAUCAAGACUCUGGCACCCCUAGAGAAAACUGCACCAAGCGUGGAGGGGCAGCCAGCAGCUGUAUGUCCCAGCCUGACAGACCAGGCUGGGGACCAGGGAGAUGCACAGCCAUCUGCCAAACAGAGCAGUGGGGUCUUGGAGGCUGCCUCUCAGCUCCCGGAGCAAGGUGUUGGGCUGGAGCCUACCCAGAGCCUGCCAGCAGCAGAGCCGAGUGAGGGCCUGCCUAAGGAAGCCAAGCCCAAGGCCCUGAGCCUGCGUGAGUACCGCAUCCGCAUGCUGCACCGUCAGCUCAGCACGGGUGGCAGCCAAGAAGGCAAGAAGCAAGUGGCCAGCAAGUGGCCCAGUGUCCCUGAGCCUCCGACAGAGCUGGCAGAGAUCCCCUGCCUGGUGUCACCCAUGCGCUCUGCCACCGAGGCAGACGGUGCUCAGAAGGGACUAGACAAACCCACCAGCCCUGCUGCUGUCCCUUCUCCUACCAGCAAAGCUCCCACUGCUCUGACUUCAGCCCCAGCACCUGCCACAGCUCCGCCACCCCCAUCAACACCAAUGCCUUUUGUUGCACCAAACGUGCCCCCAGCUGCUGGGGUGGCCCCCACUGGGAUGCCGCCAGCCUCUGCCGGUGCUUAUGCCCUUUACCCACCAGUGCCUUCCUGGCCCUGCUUCAGCCCACAGCCCAUGGGUUGCCAUGGUUUACCCCCACCACCCAGUGCCAGCUCCUCCAAUACUUUUCACAUGGUGCCUGGCCUCCCGCCUCCAGCCAUGGCCUGGCCCCCUCCACCUGUGCCGCCCCCGCCUCCAUUUGGCCCAGGUGGCCCCUAUGCCCCAGUUGGGUGGGCACCGCCAUCCUACUGGCCAGGAAUCCCCGUGCCGCCUCCGGUGCCUUCCCUUGCGUACAGGGACCCCGGAGCAGCAGUGCAGGCCGUCCCCACCUUCCCAGCGGGCAGCCACCCUGGCACAGCCCUUCUGCAUGGGCAGUCUCCUGCCACCCCUAUGCUCAGCUGCCCAGAGCCACCAGCCUUCCCUGCCCAGUCGCCUGCUGCCCCGACCAGCGAGAUGGGGGCUGCAGGUGGCCCAGCUAGGCCAGUGACUGGCAGGGUGUCAGGCCCCAGGAGGCAGGCACGGCUGGCAGGAGAGAGCUCUCUACCCAAGGCCCCUCUGGCUCCAGCCCCAGCCCAGCCCCUGCCAGCCCCCUCAGCUGCCACUGCCCAGCCCAGCAGGAUCCCUCCUGCAGUGCCAGUCCCCCAGGCUGUCCCCACCCAGCCUCUGGAGGAGCCCCAAACUUCGGUGCCCAACCAGCUCCCAAAGGCCCCUCCAGCUGCCACCUGCUGCCCAGAAGAGGCAUCUCCCAUCCCUGUUGGGGAGUCCCCUGGCACCCAUGCCAUGGAGAAGGCUGUAGGGCCAGGCAAGGAGGCAGUGGAGAAAGCCCUGUUGGAGCCCGAGGCAGCUGCUGGGCAGGAGUUGCCUGGCCAAAAAUCCACCUCCCAGGCUGUGGCACUACCACGGAAAGCAGGUCGAGAGAGCAGCCUUCCCACUAAGGCACCCACUGUGCGGCCAUGGAGGCACCAGCCACUCCUCAGCCCAGCCCAGCCCAGCGACGGCAGCAAGGACAUUGUGCAAGCCUUCAUCAGUGAGAUCGGGAUUGAAGCCACCGACCUGUCCAGCCUGCUGGAGCAGUUUGAGAAGUCUGAAGCCAAGAAGGAGGAAAUUGCACAGCCCCCUGAGGAAGGACUGCUGACAGAGAGUUCUGGGCCUGAGAUCCAGCAGGAUGCACCAACCCAGCAGGACAGGAAGCCCCCAGAUGGCCUGCAGGCCUCUGAGCUGGCCAAUGUGGCAGGCCUCACACCCCCAGCGACACCUCCUCACCAGCUCUGGAAGCCUUUGCCUGCUGUCUCACUUCUGGCCAAGACAAAGUCACCUGGGUCCAUGCCCCAGGAAGGCCUCCAGAAGACGACCAAGCUGAUGACAGCCAAGCCACUGCUCCCAAAUAAGAUCCAAGUGAAGAGCAUGGUGCCAGCCCCUGCCGGCACAGCCCCCAGCCACGUUUGCUCAGGAGACCAUGACUACUGCAUCCUGGGUACACCACGGCCCGAGAACAGCAAUAUCCCUGGCACGCAGCCCCCUGCCAAAAGUGGCUCCCGCUGGAAUGUCAAACACCACCGGGACAUCACUAUCAAACCCAUCUCCUCCUUAACUAAACGGACGCUGGGCCAACCUGAGCCCACCCCACCAGCCCCUAACACCACCAUGGGGCACAGCCAGGAGCCCCUGGGGAUGGCCAGCCUAGCUCCCCUGGAUUAUCGGACUACCAUCCCCAACAAGGCCACCACUGGGUGCAGCAGUCCCCCCACCUCAGUGCUCCUGUCUCCAGCUGCAUCCCCCUGCCGGGACCAGGAGGUGCGGAUUCCCAGUGCCCAGCCCAGCCAUGCUGCUGCCAAGAGGUCCCUGCGCUGCUACCGGAGACCCCAGGACUCAUCCUCUACUGACAGCUGGAGGGCUGGCCGGAGCCGUGCCAGCCGUUCUUUCAGCUCCAGUUCGGAUGGAGCUAGUGAGUCCUCGUCUUCAUCUUCAUCCUCGUCCUCCCGAUCCCGGUCACGGUCGCUCUCCCCACCCCCCAAGCGGUGGCGAAGGUACCGCUCAAGAUGUUCCCACAGCUCCUCCUCUCGCUCCAGCUGUGGGUCAUGUGGCAGGUCCCGGGACAGGUCCUCAUCCUCAUCAUCAACAUCCUCCUACUCAUCCAGGUCCACAUCCCGCAGCCAGUCCCGCUCCCCCUCACCCCGCAGGAGGAGUAACAGGUGGAGAAGAUACAGUUAUGAUGCACAGGACCACUACCAAAGGCAGAGGAUCCUCCAGAAGGAACGUGCAAUAGAGGAGAGGCGAGUUGUGUUUAUCGGCAAGAUCCCCAGCAGGAUGACACGGUCGGAGCUGCGGCACCGCUUCUCUGUAUUUGGGGACAUUGAGGAGUGUACCUUGCAUUUCCGCUCUGAGGGGGAUAAUUAUGGCUUUGUCACCUACCGCUAUGCUGAGGAAGCCUUUGCCGCCAUUGAGAGUGGACACAAGCUGCGGCGCCCAGACGAGCAGCCCUUCGACUUGUGCUUUGGUGGUCGCAGGCAGUUCUGCAGGAGGAAUUACGCUGACUUGGAUUCAAACCGGGAGGAUUUUGACCCAGCUCCAGUCAAGAGCAAGUUUGACUCCCUGGACUUCGACACUCUGCUGCAGCAGGCACAGCGCAGCCUGCGGAGGUAGCGGCAGGCAAGGCGGAGCACCCGCCCCCACUUUUAUACUCAAAUACAAAAGGCAAAAAAAGUAUGGAGAGAGAGGUGAGGUUUUUAAUAAAAUGAAAAAGGAAAAAAAUUUGUUUUAUAACCAAUAUUUAAGGAGGAUGGGUCAUUGGCCUUCAACUGGAGCAGUCCAGGCAAGUGGCAGCCCUGGGCUUGCCCCAGACGUAUAAUAAAUGCGGAUGCCCAAACAGCA